CUGACUGCGCGCGCGUGGGUGCCAGUGCGUGGUGGUCUGUGGGAGGUGCGUGUGGGCAAGGGUGGGUGUGUCUGUGGAGCCCCGGUGGGGGGCUGCGGCCCACUGUUCCCACUUGUGGCUCCUGGGCGCCGCCAGCAGGCAUAUCUCCGGAGGACGCCGCGGGAUGGGAGCUGAUGACAGGAGGGCGCCGUCUCCCGAGUGAUGGCAGCGCACGCCGCUGCCUCGCCGCCUCCGCCGCUCCGUCCUGAUCUCCUUACGUCAGGGUAGCUGGGUCCCCCCUCCACCCGGGAGCCAGCGAGCAGCGGGAGAGCAGAGCAGAGCGUGCGGCAGAGCCGUUCCAGAGUCCCGCCGAACCCUGCCAAGCCCCGCCAAUCCCAGCAGAGCAGGAGCCAGCGCGGCUGAGGAGCCAACACCGGACGCCUCACCGGACCCAGCAUUCCCCAGCCGCGCCACCUGGUACCCGCUGGGGCGCCGGGCUCGUCUUGUGCGCCCCUCGCCAUGCGUGUCGGGCUCUUGGACUCUCCAGAUCAGUUCCAGCGCCGUGGCCACGGGAUCUCAGGUCCAGAUACCUCCCGUUGAAACAGUUUUGGGUGGCCAGGACAGGGGUCUCCACGUCGGGGACGCGGCGGGGACCUGCGGAGUUGGCGUCCGAGCGCGCAGAGCGGGGCCACCCGCGCCGCUCCACCAUUACCUCCCCGGGUGGCAAGGAGGAGCUGGUGGCGGUCGCCUCCCGGCUGUGGCAGCGGCGGCGGCGCGCCUGCUUGGCGGCCGUCGGCGUGCUCCUGGCCAUGGCAUUGGGGCUGCUGAUCGCGGUGCCCCUGCUGCUGCAGGCGGCUCCCCCAGGCGCGGCUCACUACGAGAUGCUGGGCACCUGCCGCAUGAUCUGUGACCCGUACAGCGUCGCUCCCGCCGGGGGACCCGCGGGCGCCAAGGCUCCACCGCCGGGACCCAGCACCGCUGCCCUGGAAGUUAUGCAGGACCUCAGCGCCAAUCCCCCGCCUCCCUUUAUCCAGGGACCAAAGGGUGAUCCAGGACGACCAGGCAAGCCGGGGCCUCGGGGUCCCCCUGGAGAGCCAGGGCCGCCUGGGCCCAGGGGUCCCCCGGGGGAGAAGGGAGAUUCGGGGAGGCCGGGGCUACCCGGACUGCAGUUGACAACCAGCGCGGCCGGCGGCGUUGGAGUGGUGGGUGGCGGAGCCGGGGGCGGUGGCGACACGGAGGGCGAAGUGACCAGUGCGCUGAGCGCCGCCUUCAGCGGUCCCAAGAUCGCCUUCUACGUGGGACUCAAGAGCCCCCAUGAAGGCUACGAGGUGCUCAAGUUCGACGACGUGGUCACCAAUCUUGGCAAUCACUACGACCCCACCACGGGCAAGUUCAGCUGCCAGGUGCGGGGCAUCUACUUCUUCACUUACCACAUCCUCAUGCGAGGCGGUGAUGGGACCAGCAUGUGGGCGGAUCUCUGCAAAAACGGGCAGGUGCGCGCCAGCGCCAUAGCCCAGGACGCGGACCAGAAUUACGACUACGCCAGCAACAGCGUCGUACUGCACCUGGAUUCCGGCGAUGAAGUCUACGUGAAGUUGGACGGCGGGAAAGCUCAUGGGGGCAAUAACAACAAGUAUAGCACGUUCUCGGGCUUUCUCCUGUACCCAGAUUAGGGGCGCAGAGAGCGCGAGACCGGGUGGUUCCAAGCCGCCCCAUCCCCACAGGGUUCGGGCGGCUCUUUGGUGAAUGUCACUCUGCGGCUUCAUGACACUUCCUGACAUCUCCGUUGGAAAAGGCACAUCCCUGCUGUCCUCCUUGUCCUGCCUCAGGCCUCAGUGUGUCUGACUUACCGCGCUGUGGGGAGGCUGUGUCCCUGGUCCCAGAGCCCAUCCUGGGGAGGGAGUGGGAACACUGAAGUGGGGAGUUGGGUGAGAACCCCAGCUCCGGCUGGGGGAGGGGUUGGUUGUGGGGCAGCCCAGACUUGGGAAAGCUGACUGGACUGGACAAGCAGCCCUAAGGAGCCCGAGGUUUCCCAGCUCACCUCUCCCUUCCAGUGUCCCCAGGUCAAGGGCUGCAGGCCUCACCAGGAAGAUAAGACCCAGGUGAAUGCUGCUCCCUGGGACCUCCCUUUUUGUGACCCGAAAUGCCUGUGCAGAUUUUCCUGUUCAUCAGCCAGAAACGCACCCUUAGCUGAAUUCCAACGAACACAAAAUUCACCUUGCCACAUGUACUCUCCACCCUCUCCCCUGACCUCCUGUGCCAUGCAUUAAAUUAUGUUUUUAGA